AUGAAGGGCUGGACAUUCACACAUGGGGGUUACCCUCAGGCACUUCAAGAGUCUGAUCUGCCUGAAGACACAUCACCGCUCAAACCAACACAGGUGCGCGUCAAAGUCAAGGCCGCAUCAGUCAAUCCCAUCGAUGCUCAAUUAAUGGGUUUCCCCCUCUUGGGAUCCCUCCCAAAUUUUGUUCUCCCCGCCAACAAGGGCGUGGGCGAGGACUUUUCGGGCGUCGUGGAGCAAGCCGGCGCAAAGUCUGGAUUCAAGCCCGGAGACGCCGUGUUUGGCAUCGUUUACUUCUUCCCUUCCGGCAGUCUCACCGAGACCAUCACGGUAGACACCAACAGCCCCGGGAAAUCCAUUGUGCUCCACAAACCUAUUGACUGGUCUUUUGAGGAGGCUGCCGCGGUCCCCCUGGUAUGGCUCACUGCGCAGACGACUAUUGACGCAGUUGGACCAUGGAUGAAGAACAAAAAGCUUGCCGUUCUAGGUGGCAGCUCUAGCUGUGGCAUGUACGUCAGCUAUAUUGCCAAGCAGCGCGGGUGGAAGGUGAUUGCGUCUUGCUCAGGCGCAAAGGCAGAUUUUGCUCGCAGUAUGGGAGCGGAUGAGAUCAUUGACUACACAACGACGAGUGUGCCGGAAAAGAUCAAGGAAUUUGGACCCGAUGCCAUCAUUGAUUGUGUCGGAGGACCGGACUGCGUUCAGCUCGCCAAGAGAUAUGUCACCGUUGUCGGCGACAAGACGUCUACCGAUAGGCUGGGCAUGGGUGGACGAUAUACAUACAUGUUCAAUCCUCAGAUGUUUGGCCGCGCUGUGAUGGGCAGGAUAGGAUUUGGCUCUUCAUACACUUGCAUCAACCUCGUGUACAAGGACAGCUACCUCAAGGAAGCUCUCGAUCUUCCUAAAGAUAAGAUCAUCAUCGACAGCACUUUUGACUUCAGCCAAGUGCGGGAAGCUUUUGAGAGGCUCAACACGGGACGCGUGAAGGGCAAGGUGAUCGUCAGAGUUUCUCCAUAG